AUUUGGUUAUUAUUUUUUGUCAAAGUUUACACCGGGUUUUUCCCAACCUCAAUAUAACAAUAGAUAACCCUAUUCCAUCCUUAUAUUCACACUAAUAGAAAAGUCUUAACUGGUGCCAUUUGUUGCAUAUAUAUACAAUUUAGUUCGGCAUCCACUAGAUCAAUUGCCAUGGUGAUACUAUCCAAUGUUGCCUAAAAUAGAGUCUCUCCACUACUCGGCAUUCUGCUCCACCACAACAAAGGUUUGGUCACCAUAUGCAGCAACAAGCAUUGACACUUCACCAUAGCCAUAGCUACCUAGCGUGUGCAUGAAUGUGCAUACACAGUACCUGACAAUGACGUCAUGAAUUAAGCAGCCCCACCCUUUAAUACUUCUGCAAGCCAGCAAUUUGAACAAAAUUAAUGGCUACUAAGAGCAACUCUCUUUCUCCUUCUGUCUCCACUUCUCCUUUUACUACAAAUCAACUGAUUGAUGUUCUUAAUCUGUUGAAGAGAUGUGGUUUCCCUCAGGCAAGAUGGCAUGAGCUGGGACUGACACUAGGACUACACAAGAACACACUGGACAUCAUUAAAAGGGACAGUGUUACAACUUAUGAGUGUCUGACAGAGUGUCUCUCCAAGUGGUUGUCCAGAGCUGAUAAUGUUGACAGUAAAGGUGGAGCUACCUUUGACUCACUGUCAGAUGCUCUUAAAUCUAUGAAUGAGAAUGCUGCAGCUGACAAUUUAGAUCAAGAGAGGCCAACUCCUCCUACUAGUACAAGCAAGCCAUUGAUAGGAGGUCCUCCACUCUCUCCUACUGCAUUAAUUGAUAUACUAGAUGAUAAACCGACAGUACCUGAAUUGAUAGAGUUUCAUGAGUUAUUGAUCAAAGGACAACUGGAGGAGUCUCUUUUUGAUGCUGAUACUAUAAGAAAGAUUAGAAAUGCUGCUAGUGCUGAUGAAGGAAUGUUACUUCUUAGCAAAGUGUUUGAAGAACGUCCAACACUGCUACAUAAAAUGAGAGAAGCUACUGAAAAAAUAAAAGGUUCAUCACAAAAGAGUGAAAUGACACUCAAGACUUCUCCUCCACCAGUGCCUAAACCACGCAAAAAAUCACUAUCUACACCUCUAGCCCUGCCACCAAGUCCAAGACGUCAUAAAAAAUUAUCUACAGAGACACCCCCAAUACCAAAACCAAGAAGUAAAACUGCACCAUCACUACAGACACAUCAAGUAUUAGGAAAUAAAGAAGGCAGCAUAUUAAGUACUGAGGCUGUGCAUGGAUCACCAGGACAAGUCCAGCCAUUACGCCAAUUGCAUGUUGAACCCCACUCUAAACCCACUGUGAUACAACUCAGCUCAAAGGAAGAGGUUGCCCUCAGCAUUGAAUCACUACAUCACCAGUUUAUUGGUCUUGUCACUAAAGUCAGAAAACAUUUUAUUGAAAUUGUCUCCAAUGAGAAACUACAAGCAGAUGAUAUUAUAUAUCAUGCAGAAGAAUAUUUGGGGCAAGGUUUAAAGUUAUCAGAAAUUAACAUGCACACUAUAUUUGAUGCCAUUAGACCUCAUUACAAUUUCUUCAAUUUUGGAUUGCUCAAGAGUUUAGCACAUCAUUUCAUCUCCUCAUCAGAUGAUAUUCAUGCCAAACUAACAGAAUACAUUGAAAGUGUUGAUAAAUUCUCAGAAUCAUCACAAUUGAAGCACAUACGAUCAGCAAUCAAAGAUAAAUUAUUGCCAUUACCAGCAGCAACCUCACCAACCACUAGUGAUCAAACAAAACCAGUUGUUAUUAAACUGAAUGACAAAUGGGAAGAGAUGACUCUGAAAAAUUUUGAAAGAGUUCUUCAAUACUACUUUGGACAUUUAGUAGAAGAUAUUUUCACUAUAGUGGAAAUUGAUAGAGGCUCCAUCAUUAUUACACUAAUAAUACCAACCUCACUAUCACAGCCUCUUAUUGAUACAAUCAAUAACAAAAGAGAUUCAAUGAGUAGAUUAGGAAUAUUGGAAAUAGCUGUUGACAAUAAUGCAAUUCCUAUCAGAAGAGAAUACAAUAACAAUUUUGAUGUUUCACUCCAUGAAUCAGUUAAAGCUGGUGAUAGUUUCGAAGUAUCAAUGCUACUGCAGUUAGGAGCUGAUCCUAUCAGUAAAGAUGAGAAAAGAAAGAGUGCAGUAGAGAUAGCUAAUGAAGGAGGACACCGUGGCACUCAAAUAAAAGAAAUACUAUUAACUAGUGGAGAGAAGGAUCAGUGUACACAAUCACCAACAGCAGAAUCUAUUUACACAGUGUGUCAUGACUAUCAUAAGUUAUGUGUUGAUGACCUUUUAGUCAGUGAGGGAGAGCAAGUGGAAAUAUAUGAGAAGGAGAGUAGUUUUAAGUGGAAAGGAAGAUCCUUGGUGUCUGGUAAAAAGAGCCUCAUUCCUAGUAGUUGUGUUUACUCCUCAAUUUACUCAAAGUUGGAGUCACUUCAAUUGUUAGAGUUUAUACUGUCAGUGAAAGAAGUGUUCCUUCCUAUUCUACAGAAGAUAAGGAAUAAUUUGUCUAUUAAUAAUGAGAAAGCUUCUCUUUUCUUGGAGGCUAUUAAUGAUGAUCCUAUUAUGAUAUCUGCACUGAGACAAGACAAGGAACAACAUGAUAAAAGAGUCACUAGCAGUGUGAAAUGGAAUGGUGACAGUGUAUUCCUUACCUAUCCAUCUCCAGUGCAGUGUAAUGAAGUCAUUAUUAGUAAUAUUAAUGAAGUGAUUCACCUCAGCCACUCAUCUACUAAUAGUACAGUAUCUCUAUUAUCAUCAACUAAACUGCAUACACUAAGCCUGAGGAGACUUGAGAUAUGGUACACUCCAUUAGCUAAUGAUUGUAUCCAGUACUUGUGUAUACUACUGACUAAUAAUAAAACAAUGCAAGAACUAAACAUCAGUCUCCACUCAGUUAGUGAUAGAGGAGUUACUAAUAUUUGUCAAGCACUUGAACACAAUUCUACACUUACCUCAUUAGUUCUUUAUGCUAAUCCUCUCAUCACUUCUACUAGUGGACAGGCUCUUUCUCACCUCCUCCUCAAUAACUCAUCACUGGUUGAACUGGAUCUAAGGUGUACUUUAUUGUCUAUUGAGUCAAUACUAAUCAUCCUAAAUUCAUUAAUGGAUAAUAACAACAUAAGGAAACUUUGGUUAGAUGAACGACACAAAGUGACUUGUGUUAAUACUUACCUUAACUAUCACCUCAUACAAGACAGAGUAGCCUGGUGCAUAUCAGACAAUUCAGACUUCAUGUGAAUGUAUUACCAUCACACAUGAACAUCUCUUGAUCUCUCAUCAAUCUCUCUCUCUCUCCUUCUCCAGUAUAUACUGUACAGUCCUUCUCUUACUGACACUGUCUCUCUCUUUGUUGUCAUUAUUUCCCUCUCCUUUAUAUCAAUCUGUUAUGUACUAACGUGUCAAGAAGUAGACAAUAAUUCACAGGUUGAAAAAGAA